AGAGAAGACGGCCCCCCCUCUCUCGGCCCGGCCAUCUUGUGGGAAGAGCUGAAGCAGGCGCUCUUGGCUCGGCGCGGCCCGCUGCAAUCCGUGGAGGAACGCGCCGCCGAGCCACCAUCAUGCCUGGGCAUUUACAGGAAGGCUUCGGCUGCGUGGUCACCAACCGAUUCGACCAGUUAUUUGACGACGAAUCGGACCCCUUCGAGGUGUUGAAGGCAGCAGAGAACAAGAAAAAAGAAGCCGGCGGGGGCGGUGUUGGGGGCCCCGGGGCUAAGAGCGCAGCUCAGGCCGCAGCCCAGACCAACUCCAAUGCGGCAGGCAAACAGCUGCGCAAAGAGUCCCAGAAAGAACGCAAGAACCCGCUGCCGUCCAACGUCGGCGUGGCUGACAAGAAAGAGGAGACGCAGCCUCCCGUGCCGCUUAAGAAAGAAGGAAUAAGACGUGUUGGAAGAAGACCUGAUCAACAACUUCAAGGUGAAGGGAAAAUAAUUGAUAGGAGACCAGAACGGCGACCACCUCGUGAAAGACGAUUUGAAAAGCCACUUGAAGAAAAGGGUGAAGGAGGAGAAUUUUCAGUUGAUAGACCGAUUAUUGACCGGCCUAUCCGAGGCCGGGGUGGUCUUGGAAGAGGUCGAGGCGGACGUGGACGAGGAAUGGGCCGAGGAGAUGGAUUUGACUCUCGUGGCAAACGUGAAUUUGAUAGGCAUAGUGGAAGUGAUAGAUCUUCUUUCUCACAUUACAGUGGCCUGAAGCACGAGGACAAACGUGGAGGUAGCGGAUCUCACAACUGGGGAACUGUCAAAGAUGAAUUAACAGAGUCCCCAAAAUACAUUCAGAAACAAAUAUCUUAUAAUUGCAGUGACUUGGAGCAACCAAAUGUGACUGAGGAAACACCUGAAGGUGAAGAACAUCCAGUUGCAGACACUGAAAAUAAGGAAAACGAAGUUGAAGAAGUAAAGGAAGAGGGUCCAAAAGAAAUGACUUUGGAUGAGUGGAAGGCUAUUCAAAAUAAGGACCGGGCAAAAGUAGAAUUUAAUAUACGGAAACCAAAUGAAGGUGCUGAUGGUCAGUGGAAGAAGGGAUUUGUUCUUCAUAAGUCAAAGAGUGAAGAGGCUCACGCUGAAGAUUCGGUUAUGGACCAUCAUUUCCGGAAGCCAGCAAAUGAUAUAACGUCUCAGCUGGAGAUCAAUUUUGGAGACCUUGGCCGCCCAGGACGUGGUGGCAGGGGAGGACGAGGUGGUCGUGGGCGUGGUGGACGUCCAAACCGAGGCAGCAGGACUGACAAGUCAAGUGCGUCUGCUCCUGAUGUAGAUGACCCAGAGGCAUUCCCAGCUCUGGCUUAACUGGAUGCCAUAAGAUAACCCUGGUUCCUUUGUGGACCCUACUUCUCUGAGGUUUUGCAUGCUUAAGGAUCCCAACCGUCUAAGAAAUUAAAAAAAAAAAAAAAAAAAAAAAAGACUGUCAUUCAUACCAUUCACACCUACAGACUGAAUUUUAUCUGUUUUGAAAAUGAACUUCUCUCGCUACACAGAAGUAACAAAUAUGGUAGUCAGUUUUGUAUUUAGAAAUGUAUUGGUAGCAGGGAUGUUUUCAUAAUUUUCAGAGAUUAUGCAUUACUUCAUGGAUAUUUUGUAUUGCUGCUUGCAAAUAUGCAUUUCCAAACUUGAAAUAUAGGUGUGAACAUGUGUACCAGUUUAAA